CGUCUCCUAUGGUAGAGGAUCAUCUGAAUCGUUGGGGCUUGUUCUUCUUUUUCCCCCUUGGUGAUUGUCUUGUUCCAUUCUUCUUGGGCUCUUCUUCUCUCCAAGUCGUGCGCCCGGGCUGCUUCUUAUCUCCAUUUCUGCACGGCGCAUACGGCGAGAGCGACACAACAUUGCGGGCGCUACCUCCACUUCUCCUGCACGAUAUCAUCGUGCGUUUCCUCUGGUCUCGCUCCAGCGCUCCCCUCUUCUUCUUGGGCUUAAUCUUCCUCGAUGCAGCAGCAGAAGCAGAUCCCUCCCGGCUUCCUCACUCAAAUAUGCUCUUCUCUGGCCCAGAUCUGCUCUCCUAUCUCACUUCUCCCGCGCUCUUUCACUGUUCCUUGAGAUCUGGCUGCUCUCCAGCUAAAACAGGGGACCGUACCAGUUGGUACGGUAUGGCGUACGGAAGCCCGGCGGGUUUAGGGUUCUUCGCUUCCAAUCUUAAGGUAUGACAGUGCACCCGGUAAGAUUUUUGAGCCUCUUUUGUUUGCUAUAGGUCAUUGUCGAUUCAGCUGGGCGAGAGCGGGGAGCCAAAAUUUCCUCCUUUAGCCUUUCACAGAGAACGCUCUAGAUGGAUCAGAGAGAACGCUCGACUAGACGGUCGAUUGAGCGCGAGCCCAGGCGGCGGUCGAUUCAACUGGACGAGAGGGAGGAGGCCGUCACACCACCACAAAUCUGCGCAAAGAGACGGUCGAUCCAGAUUCAGCCGGGUGAGAGACGGAUCACAAGGAGUCAGCCGGGAGCCAUGCUACUUCCUGGGCUAGUGGAAGUUAAAACCACUUAUCCUUACACGGCAGUGAAGCGGAUGGACAGAGAGUAUGGGAAAUAUCCGGUGGAACGCUUUUGGUACGAGCGUUCCGGUGCUCGUCUUUACUUUCCUCGACACGAAGACAUACCCGUGGAAUUGAAGUUCCCAGAGUACCUCUCCGACGAACAACGGGCUGCUGCACACAAGAAACACGAGGAGAAAAUGAAGAACCGGAAGUAUCUUUUAAUGCCGGAUGAGGAGCGACCAUCGAUGUGGAAACCUCCAGAUUAUAAGAGACCGAGUUACUUUUACUGUUGCCUUGGGAAGGAGGAGACACCAGAGGCGAUUCCAGAGGCAAUCAACUACGAUCUCAUCUGGGCCUGUCUUGAUCCAGAAGAGUUUGAUGGACCAAGCGUUAAGGCGUAAAAAAUCAAAAAACAAACCCAUAAUAGAUUCAGGUUUAAAUAUCAUUAAAAAUAUGCUUUUAUGGUUAAAUUAUUAUUAUUAUACGGUAA